CUGUGCGGUUUGCCCAGGCGUUGUUGUCGUAUCGUGGAGGAUGAGGUGCGUGUCUCACUGAAGAGGCGCCACCGCACAACACAGCACCGCACAGGAUCUGUGGAGACGAUCAGCUAAUGAGCAAAGCAGACACGCAGCUCCUCUCACACAGAGCCACGCAGCGUGUCUGGGCCGGAGAGACCAUGAAGAGUCGCAGCAGACCGAGGAGGAAAGACUCACCUGCAGACGCCUGAGUGAAGCAGCAGGAUGGCGGGGGGCCGGAGGGGACUUGUGGCCCCUCAGAAUACUUUUUUGGAGAAUAUUGUGAGGCGUUCAAACGUUUGGACACUUUCACAUAGACAGACAGAUACCAACUUUGUCCUGGGAAAUGCUCAGAUUGUGGACUGGCCCAUCGUCUACAGCAAUGAUGGUUUCUGCAAGUUGUCGGGUUAUCACAGAGCUGAAGUGAUGCAGAAAAGCAGCACCUGCAGUUUCAUGUAUGGGGAGCUCACAGACAAGGACAUGACGGAAAAAGUGCGGCUUACCUUCGAGAAUUAUGAGAUGAAUUCGUUUGAAAUCCUUAUGUACAAGAAGAACAGGACGCCGGUUUGGUUUUUUGUGAAGAUUGCUCCUAUACGAAAUGAACAAGAGAAAGUGGUCCUGUUUCUCUGCACAUUUAGUGACAUCACGGCCUUUAAACAGCCCAUUGAAGACGAUUCCUCCAAAGGUUGGGGAAAGUUUGCACGGCUGACUCGAGCUCUAACAAGCAGCAGAGGAGUCUUACAACAGCUGCAGCCCACAGUGCACAAAGGAGAGAACGUCCACAAGCACUCCCGCUUGGCUGAGGUACUGCAGCUGGGCUCAGAUAUCCUACCUCAGUACAAGCAAGAGACCCCCAAAACCCCUCCUCACAUCAUCCUCCACUACUGCCUCUUCAAGACCACAUGGGACUGGGUCAUCCUCAUCCUCACCUUCUACACAGCCAUCAUGGUUCCCUACAACGUCUCCUUCAAGACCAAGCAGAACAACGUGACGUGGCUGGUGGUGGACAGCAUCGUGGAUGUCAUAUUUUUGGUGGAUAUAGUUUUAAACUUCCAUACCACAUUUGUGGGACCUGCCGGUGAAGUCAUCUCAGAUCCUAAACUGAUUCGGAUGAACUACCUGAAGACGUGGUUUGUGAUUGACCUGCUGUCCUGCCUGCCAUAUGAUGUCAUCAAUGCCUUCGAGAACGUUGAUGAGCUUUUAUUUCUUCUUUUUCAUCCCUCCAUUCUGUUUGCAUGGCCCACCCAUCCCCCCACCUUCCUCUUCUGCCUGUAUUCAUGCAUGGGACGUGAUGGGAAGAAUUGGAACCACCGAGCUGUCACUCAAGGGAUCAGCAGUCUGUUCAGUUCACUGAAGGUGGUCCGGCUUCUUCGUCUGGGUCGGGUUGCUCGUAAACUGGAUCACUACAUAGAGUAUGGAGCAGCUGUUCUGGUCCUGCUGGUGUGUGUUUUUGGACUGGCCGCUCACUGGCUAGCCUGCAUAUGGUACAGCAUUGGUGAUUAUGAGGUCAUCGAUGAAGAAACCAACAUUGUUCGUGUGGAUAGCUGGCUCUACAUACUGGCAGAGACGGUGGGCACGCCGUACCGCUUCAACGCCAGUGGCUCAGGGAAAUGGGAGGGCGGGCCGAACAAGCACUCAGUCUACAUCACUUCCUUGUACUUCACCAUGACCAGCCUGACAAGUAUUGGCUUUGGUAACAUCGCCCCAACGACAGAUGGAGAGAAAAUCUUUGCUGUGGCCAUGAUGAUGAUUGGAUCCCUCCUUUACGCCACCAUCUUUGGUAAUGUGACAACAAUCUUCCAGCAGAUGUACGCCAACACAAACCGUUACCAUGAGAUGCUGAACAGUGUCCGGGACUUUCUGAAGCUCUAUCAGGUUCCCAAAGGCUUGAGUGAACGAGUGAUGGACUACAUUGCCUCCACCUGGUCCAUGUCACGGGGUAUAGAUACUGAAAAGGUGCUGCAGAUUUGUCCAAAAGACAUGAGAGCAGACAUUUGUGUCCAUCUCAACCGGAAAGUUUUUAAAGAGCACCCUGCUUUCCGUCUGGCCAGCGAUGGGUGCCUCAGAGCCCUAGCCAUGGAGUUUCAGACCAUUCACUGUGCCCCCGGUGAUCUGAUUUACCACGCGGGGGAAAGCGUGGACAGUCUCUGUUUCGUGGUGUCGGGGUCACUGGAGGUUAUUCAGGACGACGAGGUGGUGGCAAUUUUAGGCAAAGGGGAUGUAUUUGGUGAUGUCUUCUGGAAAGAGGUGACAUUGGCUCAAGCUUGCGCCAAUGUCCGAGCUCUGACCUACUGUGAUCUCCACGUCAUUAAACGUGACGCUCUACAGAAGGUGCUGGAAUUCUACACAGCUUUUUCAAACCACUUCUCAAGGAAUCUGCUGCUCACCUACAACCUACGAAAAAGAAUUGUCUUCCGAAAGAUCAGCGAUGUGAAACGAGAGGAGGAGGAGCGACAGAGACGUAAAAAUGAAGCCCCUCUCAACUUGCCUCCGGAUCACCCGGUACGGAAACUCUUCCAGCGCUUUCGACAGCAGAAAGAGGCUCGCUUGGGGAGUGAUAAACCAGAGCUUGAUGAGCAAGACAUUGAAAAAGGCCCCAUGUAUGUGGACGUCCCCAUGGCUAACACAGCAAUUACGACCACCAGCAUCAUAACUGUAACUGAGAGCCCUGCAACACCCUCAUCUUCCACACCGUCAGCUUCAACACCCCCCAGCACCACUCUGUCAGAGAAGUCCAAGCUAAAGGUGCCAAUAUCUUUGGUAGGAGGCCGUGCUGCUGAACCACUUAAAGCCAAAGGCUGGGGCCGCUUCAAGGAGUCUAUGGCCAAAGCUGAUAACUGGAAUCAAGUGUCUAAAGCAGAAUCCAUGGAGACUUUACCUGAACGGACCAAGGGGCUUGAACCACCAACGUCUUUGAAGAAGACAGACUCAUGUGACAGCGGGAUCACCAAAAGUGACCUGCGUCUGGACAAAGUGGGUGACUGCCGUUUGACGCCCCAGGACCGUAGUCCAGUCCAGCCUCCGGAGACGAGGCAUCCCUUCUACCCUAUCCCUGAGCAAACUCUUCAGGCCUCCCUUCAGGAUCUCAAGCUGGAGCUGAAGGACGACCUAAAGAACCUGGGUGUCCGUGUGUCCAGCCUUGAAGCGCAACUCACAGAAGCACUUAACCUCCUCAAAGCGAGGAAAUCCAGUACUGGCUCACCGCAGCCUCUUUUUGACAUUUCUAGACCUGCUUCACCAGAACUGGACAAAGAGGACAUCUUCUCUUGAAGGGUGGAGGAAUCAUCAUGAACAGUUAACUCUAACUCAGCUGGAAUCCGGUAAUGUCAACAUUACUUGGCUACCUGAAGCUGCACCAUUUAUUAAAGGUGACAGUGUUGUCUUUGGGGCAGCAGCCCUUAUCAUAGGGAUGUAGCUGUUGGUAAGCAAUGAACAGAGGUCAUAGGCAAGCUCUUGGUGUGUGAGGUUACAUAACAACGUACAAUGCAAGGUUUGUACAUAGGUUUGAAUUCUGUUUCCAUUGCAUUUCGAUUGAAAAUAGCUUGAGCGGUUUGUCUGUAGUCUAAAAUCUACUGACCAGGUGCGAUUUUAGGAGUCUGAGCAGAAGAGCCUCGUUGCAACUCUACUGCAAGGCUCUAAUAGAAACAGCAUGAACCACUGGUUUGUUAUUGAAUCAUUUCUAUUGGAUUCUUUGCAUGCCAUAUAAAGUAGUCGUGUCCCUCACACUGCAGAUGGUGUGUAUGUGAUUACAGCGGCCAGGCAGCGAGUCAUUAUUUCACAGUGACAGUGAGAAAGGACGGUCUUUGCAGAUGUUGAAACAUUUGCAGAGUAAUUUCCACAAGCAAUUGAUGAACUCUUGUACCAACUGUCUGUACCAUUAUGAAUUAUACAACAAAUCACUCUGACAGAUGAGCAUGACGACAAAUGUAACUCGAUUGGCAGCAGUUAGGAAGACAUGCAUCUCUCCUGAUAUCUAGUAUUAGUUAUUGCCAUGAAUUUACACCACAUUACAAACGCAUACAUGAUACCCUGUAUGAGAAGCAAGCAUUUUUCUCUGCAGUAAACACAGGUAAGAAUGACCUCUGCAUAAUAUUUCUCAAAUGAAGUGUAUUCAUGUAAAAUAAAACAAAUUAAAGAGCAGGUUUGAUCAAA